CGAACACAGUGCGCAGUCGGCCUCGAGCUCUAGGCGGCGCGCGCGCAACACACCGAUACAUUAGUGAAAGGACGCAUGACUCAUAUUAAGCCCAGACAUGAACGAGUAUGUCGAGUACGACUGGAGACUACACCAGAUGCAAAAUGAACGCCUUUGUGACGUGUCUAGAAAAAGACUUACAGAUAGUGAUAGACAACGUGCACUCGAUGGCCUCAAAGAAGCAGUCGAUUCAAGUCUCAACUUAGCCCUUCGCGAUAAAAGCCGUUGUCAAGACGACAACUUCUUGCGGCGGUUUUUGUACGCACGAAAGCAUGAUGUGCAGCAAAGUUUCGAGUUACUAGUACGAUAUCAUCAACAUCGCAGGGAACAUCCUGAACUAUGGGCUACAGCAGACGGAGGUGUAUUACGCGCUCUCGCCGAUGGAUUGCCUGGCGUGCUAGCGCAACGUGACCGUCGCGGUCGCUGUGUGCUCCUCAUGUUUGCUUCUAAUUGGACUCCACAUGCGUGUCCUCUACUUUCCGUGUUCAGAGCCUUACUUCUAACUUUGGAACGCACCCUCACCGAAUCACAAAAUCAAGCCAACGGAUAUGUUAUUAUUGUUGACUGGACAGAGUUUACUUUUAAGCAAUCGUGUAGUUUACAAGCUAAAGUUUUAAAAAUGAUGAUUGACUGUUUGCAAGACAGUAUGCCUGUGCGAUUUAAAAGCAUACAUUUCAUCGGCCAACCGUGGUAUGUGGAAACAGCACUCGCAGUAAUUAAACCUUAUCUUAAAGCAAAAACCCGGGAAAGAAUAAUGUUACAUGGAAAUAAUCUAUCCACAUUACACGAUUCAUUGCCGUUGGAUAUUUUACCUGCAGAGUUAGGAGGAGAAGGUCCCUCCUACAACUCGGAAUACUGGCUUCAGGAAUUUUGUCGUUGUGAAAACAUAGAUUCGAAACCAGUGCCCGUAAUAGGAACAGCUGCUCCAGUAGACAACGAUCUCCCCGCUGCCAAACUUGACAAAGCGUAUAAACAAAAAGAUAGUCCCAACUUUUCAUUUAAUGGAAGCGAAAAAAGUGCUAAGUCUGAGUUACUUCGUGAUAAAGAUUGACUAAGUCGUGUGAUCCAACAUGGAUGCAUUGGACAGCUAUGCCGGGCCGCCAUCGGGGCGUGUCGAUUCAUACUCACGAGUAUGUGCUACGUGCAUGCAUUUUGUGAUAUCAAGUGAAUUACUAAUUUAUUAUUUUUACAUUGCAUUGUAUGGACCAAACCAAAUUCGAAAGUGAAAUAUAUUCAAUAAUAACAUUACUUCAUUACAUUGAAUUGGGUCUUAAGUUUUAUGAACAUACCUUUCAAAUGAUUUUUCCUUCGAUCAAUCGAAAUUGAAUGUUAACCUCGCACUGUGGCAUUUAAAUUUAAAUGAAUCAUCCAUAUUUUAAAGAGUACAACAGCUCAUCCACUGCUCUCGCCAAAACGAUGUCGGACGAGCGAAAAUAACGGUUAAAACUUUUGAUAUUUUGUAAUUAAAUCAAUUCGUUAAUUCAAGUCCAAUCAUUCCUGACAUAUCUUAUGAAAUGAUUCCAUGUAACUUUCACAUAUAAUAUUUAUUUCAUCACUAAUUGUAGUUUUAACUGAUGUGUAACUAUAUUAUCACUUGCGUAAGACUCAUGACAAUAAUUUGACUAAGGCGGAAAGAAGAAAUGUAGAUAGGUAAUUAUGCUUUGAUAAUUUUGCGAGGCUUGUUGCGCAUUUACUAUUAUUUAAGCUGUAAGUUUUAAUGUGGAUAUAAACAUUGUAAAAUAACUGUAUGUCUAGUUCUAUAUUAUUGAUAAGAUUAAAUGUUUUGGUGCAUGUUUAGAAAAACAGUAUUACUUAUGUAUUUUUAUCGACAUUAAUGUAAAAUGAAAUAAACUAUUAAAGUGUUAUACGUUAACUCUCCUGUCGUGUGCAAAUGCUCUCUUCGAACAUGCUUAGAACGAGAUAAUUUUAGUUUGUACUGAUCCGUCCACUAAAUGAGAUUACUAAAUCGAGAACAAUUUCCAAUAUGACACUGAUAUAUUAUUUAUAUCGUCCUUGAAUAUAUCGACGUCCAACAUGAUAUUUCGUAUCUGAUAUUAUAUUUUGAA